AGAGGCAUUUCAUUUCUGCCUUUCAUCUUAUAGACCCUGAGGAACCCAAGACUGGAGAGGCCAACUUCCCCCUUAUUUCGGCAUCAGUUUUCUCCACCGGCAUCACCACAUGGCACAGAUUCAGAUGAGUGACCAGGAAGUGGCUUAUUCAACUUUGCGAUUUCUUCAAUCUCCUUCAGCGUCACAGAAUAGAUCAAGGCCUAGAAAAACUAAUGAUAAAGAGUUUUCAAUGCCAUGGCAUCACAUUGCAGUGACUCUUGGGGUCCUCUGUCUACUUUUGUUGAUAACAGUCACAGUGUUGGCAACAAUGAUUUUUCAGUGUAUUCGAGAAAAGCAUCAACAGCAGGAAAUUAUAGGAAAUCUCACUCAAAGGUACCACAUUAUACAAAAUGACAACUACUUAAAGGAGCAACUUUUGACAAAUAAGACUUUAGAAGAUGACAUUCUCAAAACUGAAACUUUUCAGCAGACAAACAGACUGUGCCCAUUCUUUACAAAAAAGAACAGAUGUCAUGGGAAAAAUGAAGUCUUUUCGAUGGCUUUACAAGAUAUAGGCAAAUUCUAUGAAGAUCACUGGUCCUGUUGUGGAGUGGACUGUUACUAUUUUAUCACAGAAAAUAAAAACUGGAAGAAAUGUAAACAGACAUGCCAAAGUUACAAAUCAUCCCUUUUGAAGAUAGAUGAUAAAGAUGAACAGGAGUUUGUUCAGUCCCAGAUUUAUAAAAGGAAUUACUGGAUUGGAUUAUCAUAUGAUGAAGUGGAAAGUAAAUGGAAGUGGAUUGCUGAUGAUACUUCUGGACUUAAUUUUACAGUAAUGAACCUGCGUUCUGGGAGAGGAGAGUGUGGAUUUUUAACCUCCACAAGAAUAUCAACAAUUGAUUGCUCUAUGACCUAUGGUUGUAUCUGCGAAAAGAGAAUUGAUUCUGUCUUCUCCACUUCAAAGUGAACUUAG